AUGCUUUACAGCCGCGCGCAGCUGGCGUUAAUGUACCUGGGCAUCUGCACCCUGCUGCCGUACAACUGCCUUUUAAACGUGCAGCCAUACUUCAAAGAGUAUCCGUUUAAGGACCUGGACUUCCCGUUUACGAGCAUGAUGACAUAUUCUCUGUGCCUCUGCUCUUCUCAGAUCUGGCUGACUUGCAGAGGAGACGGUAUCUCCGUGAACAAGCGAAUGGGCACUGCGCUCAUAUCGCAAGUUCUGGUGUGCUCGGCCUUCUUUGGCUUGACGUGGGCAUCGUCUGGGCCCAGUGCGACGGGAUGGUAUGUACCGAUGUUAGUGGUUAUCGCCGUCUUGGCCUUGUCGAACUCUAUCUUGCAGACUGGAGUCUUUGGCGUUGCAGGUUCGAUGACCUCUGAGAUGUCUGCAGCGGUCAUGCUUGGCUUGGGCAUGUCCGGUUUAGUGAGCUUCUUCAUUUCGCUUCUGAUACAGGCUGUGCAGCAUGCGAUGAAUCGGGAAAGCGGCGACUCUGCACGUUCUGGCAUGGAAGUUGCCCUGCUCCUCUGGGCUCUAUGCAUCCUGCAAACAAUCACCUCCUGUUGGGUCUAUUUCGUGUACCUCCGCUACCGACUUCCGGAGACUGCUGAAGCCAUCGCCAUGCUGGAGCAGCAGCGAGCGACUCCUUCUGAAGCCUCCGGAAGAGAGAUCUCAUUCCCAGAAGUCGAGCAAAGCUCCACAGCAGACUUCAGCAAAGCCAGUUGGGCUCAGAUCUGGAAGAGAUUGGUGCCCAUCUUCGGAGAAAUUUGGCCUCAGGCAGUGAACGUGUGCUCUGUCUUCAUGGUCACCAUGACCGUGUUUCCAGGUGUGAUGGUGCACUGGGAGCCCAGUGCCAGCAGUCCGUUCGCAAAGGCCACACAGGUUUAUGGAAACCUCCUCAUCGGCACAUUCCAGGUCGGCGACGUUGUGGGACGAUCGAUAGCUGGGCCAGUUGGGAGAUGUGUUGGCCCGAAACGAUUAUGGAUCCUGGUCUUGUUGCGUUUUGUCUUCAUUCCACUUUUUAUGCUCGGGCAGCGCUCCCCUGAAGCCUGUGUCCUGUGGGGAUCCGAUGUCGGCCGGGUGUGCCUCUGCGCACUUUUUGCCAUCAGCAACGGCUUGCUAGCAAACCUUGCCAUGAUGUACGGCCCGGACUGCUGCAGUACGCAGGAAAAGCGUGAAGUCGCAGGCAUGGCGAUGAGUGCCACGAUGGUGACAGGCAUCUUUGUCGGCACCUUGCUGGCUUUCGUGACGCAGGUCGGAAUCGCAGAGAACGGGCCGAGCGAUUGCUUGGAGAGUGGCGAAGACAAGCGCAGCGUCUCUGGCAGUGGCACAGACCGAUGCGGGCAAGCGGUACAGACCCUGGCGGAGGCACAGGCGCUAGUGGCCUCCAUCCGCGAUGGAAGUCUUGCACGUCAAGAGACUGCCCACGAGCUGCAGAUCAUGCAUCGUCGAGGUGACCAUGGCCGUCUCGAAGGCAGCCACGGUGAGCCUUUGGGAAGAUGCCGUGUGGCUCCUGGAGGGCGCCAAACAAGCGCCGAGCAUGCAGCCGGAUAUGAUCCUAUAUGGAGCUGUUAUGAGUGCCUGCGAGAGGGCCCGGCAGUGGCGAAGAGCCCUGGCCGCUUUUGCGGAGGCCAAGGGUCAGGGCCUAGAGCCCGGGCUCGUGGCCACGAGCAUCGCCAUCACAGCCUACGGACGUGGCGCCUUGUGGGAAAAGUCAAUAGAAGCGCUGAGGCACAAGCAAAGCUGAGAAAGCAGUGUCACAGCCGAGCUCACCGAAGCAUCGAUCUAAGUACCUUUGCUAUUUUUGUUUCGGCACAAUCGUUGCGGCGGUAG